UCAAAGCGGUUACGAUUACAUGGACAGCGGAUUCCCCGGCCUCCAUAUAUGUAACCGGGAGAGAUCUUCCCGAACAAAUCAGUCCAAUCGCGAUUCGAUCCCUUGGCCGCCAUGGAUUCUGGGAAGCAGAAGCAGGCCGAGACCGCCGCCGACGUUGGCAUCGUUGCCUACAUGAGGGCGUUGUGCCUCGGCAGCCAGGUGGCGCAGCAGCAGCAGCAUCAGGCGGCGCUGCUGCAGCAGCAGCAGCAGCAGCGGCAGUACUACCCCUACUACGUGGCGCCGCCGCCGGCCUCGCCGCCGCCACCGCCGCGGGAGCUCCAGCCCCUGACGCAACAUCUUCACAUUACGCGGAGCUUCUGGCCGCAGCCGCAGCCACAGCCCGAUCCGUGGGAGGCGAGCACCUCGUCGCCCAGCGGCUUCCGCUUCGUCCCGCAGAUCGGCGCCUACCAAUCCCAAUCCCAAUCCCAAUCCGGCGCGUCGUCCUCGCGGCAGCAGCAGCAGCCCUGCACGCUGAGCGCCACCGCCAGCCAGUACCAACCAGCCUUCGCCCCGCGCCCAUCCUCGGCGGCAUCGGCGAGCUCGCCCAGCACCAACAACGCCGCCCAGGCCCAGCACCUGCUUCGUGCCCUCUCCCCCAACCAGCAGUACCAGUUUCCUGCCAACGCCGGCCCCGGCCCCUACCAGUACCCGAUGAUGCGUCCACGCGGCCGGACGGUGGAGGAAACUCUCAGGCUCCCCGAUUCCCCCGACCGCGUGGUCCGCCUGCUCCAGGACGGCGACGGCCGGACGCGCCAGAGCGUGCUCCAUGCGGUCAGAUCUCGCGUGCACGCUUUCAUGGACAGCAAGGAGGGGCACGAGGUGUUCAUCGCGCUGCUGCACGCCUGCUGGGAGCGGAAGCAGGAUCUCCGGGCCAUUGUCCAGGCCGCCGUCUGGCCCAGCUCCUACGGGAAGGCCUCGCUGCUGCACCCAUCCAAGCACGAACAUUACUGGGAAGAUUCUCUCAAGGAGCUCAUCACGGCGGUGGCGAGGUACCCCAAUGAUCCCUACCUGUGCCAGGCACUCUUACAGGGUCUCCUGAGGGAAGGCUUGAUGGAACACGCCAAAGGGGAGCAGAUGGUUAAGCACUGCUUUGCCACCAUGGACGACGAACAGUCCAAGAUUCUGGUGGGCUACGCCCUCCACCACUUCAACUUCCUGCUCAAGUCGUCGAUCGGGUCCAAGUGCCUGGUGGCAUGCUUCGAGAACGCGACAGGCGACGAGCUCCACACCUUCAAGCAGUUCCUCCUUGCUGACGCCGUCAAUAUCGCAACGGGCGAGUACAGCAACUACUUCGUGCAGCACGCUCUGGAGCACGGCAGCAACGACGGGUUUAGGCAGGGCCUCAUCGAGCAGCUCAUGGCGGACGUGGAGCACCUGUCCCUGAACCAAUACGGGAGCUACGUCGUCGAGAAAUGCCUCAAGAAUACCGGGCUGCUGCCCCGCGUGCUCCUGGCGUUCCUGCGCCUGCAUCCAGAACAGCUCGCCAAUCUCGUCAUGGGCAAGUACGCCAACUACGUCGUCCAGAAUCUGCUCAGAACUAUCUCUGCCGAUCCAAGGUUCAAUUCGCAGACAAUGAUGCUGGCUCGGAACAUCGAGAUGCUGCCGGAGAACGUCCUGGAGAACGAGUACGCGAAGAAGGUGACGAAGAUGAGCAGGAAGAUCGUCUUAUCCCGCGGUCGCCACCAGUACUAUGGCUGAUCCGUGGCGUACUCUGUUGUAUCGCCCUGUGCAGGAUGGCACACGCGUUUUCAGGAUUUUUGUAGCCGAUCCAGAGCGUGUCGUCAUGAGAACCGGUGUGAGUGUCUGUGAGUUCGUCUAUUACUUUGUGUGUCUGUUCGAUUCGAUAGGUCUGGUCUCUGAGCUCGUCUAUUUGUGUGUCUGUUCGAUUUGAUAGGUCUGUUUUCAUCGAAGUGUAAGCGCUACUGUUUUGUUAUUUGUUAAUUACCUUGGGUUAUACUAUGUAAGGUUUUGUGUUCAUCUUCUUGUAUCACGGGCACCUUUAAAGACAACUGUAUCACGUGUAUUUGCAUCGUGGUUAAGGCAAUAUAUGAGGAUUUAAAUUCU